AUGCUUCUUGGUCUGAGUCCGGUGGAUUUUGUGACCAACACUUCCGCACUCUCAACGGGCGAUGAAGUUCUCCUCGACACCUUGAUUCAUCAUUCAAGAGAGAACUCAUCCGAGUCCGGACAUUUAUUCACCCGGAUUGUGUGGAAACGACCAAUAGGUACGUCCAACCGCUUAACACAAAUGAAAGCUCCAGACCGGGUUACCAUUGACCCACCGGGCCUCGCGGCGAUUCUCUAUCACAUUUACUUAAAGAUGUUUGAGAGCGAAGACGUGACCUUUGUCGUCUUUGUCAGCAUUCUCAAAGCCAGUGUCAAUGUCGAUUGA